UGUGUGAUUGUUCCACUUGACUGAGGACGUGUGACUGAUUUUCAGGAAUAUUACAUCAUCAUUGUCUAAAGCCUACACAAACACACACACAUACAACAGCACAGCAUGCACACACAGCAUCUCUGUGGCAGCAGGUUAGAAGGUAGGACAGAUUGGGAGGUUUCCCUUUCAUUUGAACCUAGCGUAAAGUUCUGUUUAUAUGAAUUUGGGAGGUAGGGAGAUAAGGAGGAGGAGGAAGAGGCUAGUCUGUCGGCUGCAGGAUUCCAUCACUCUUGGCAACCAUUGUUGAGUUUCCACGGAAACGCUAAGCAAUGUUCUCUGCUUCUCUUUUGUCCUCCAUCACUCUACUCUUGCUUCCUCUCUCUCACUCCCUCACUCCAUCCCAUCUUUAUUGCUGGUCGACCUCCCCCUUAUGUUUCCACGGCAAUGCUCUGAGUCCGCCGCAGUAUUGGAGCGCGGAGUUGAAGUGUGAGCUGCUGACAGAAGUCAUCAGCUGAUCACCUUCUUUCUUGUCAUAUUUUUUCUUCCCCUUUUUAAAUUUUUGCAACCUCUAACCCAACCUCCUCCUUACUGGGCAGAGGGUGUCGAUUUGGAUUGGCUGAGCUCUUCAAGUGACAUCACAGGAAGUUGGAUGAAGUUGGAAGAACUCUAGUAUUUUCUGCUUCAAUUUGCGUUGAUGUUUUCUUCACUCAGUCGCUCUAAGACACCUUCACAGGGACCCAACUCUGCUCUGUGAACACUUCAGCAAAAACUCGCUGACAUGAGCGAUGAGGCGGAGGAGGCACAGCUCCCUCAGGGGGUGAUGGAAACUGAGGAGGAGCAACAGGAAUGUAGACUUUAUGAAGAGUUAUUAGAGAAUAAAGAGGAGCAGGAAGAUAAGGUGCAACACACUGAGGAACAGGAAGAACUGGAAGAGGUGCAGGACGAAGAAGAGUUGCAGCAGGAAGAGGAUGAAUUGCAGGACGAGAUGUCACUCACAGAGGAAAAGCUGAGCGAGCAGGAGCAGAUGCAGGAGGUGCAGCCAAGCGAGUUAGGGCAGCAUGUUAAGGAGAUGCAGCCCGCUGAGGAGGAGGAAGAGGAGCAGCAGCUGCAGGAGGAGGAGGUGCAGGGUGAGGAGAUGCUACAGGGUGAGCAACAGCAGUUUGAAGAGCAGCAGCUGCAGGAAGAGGAGGGGAAGCAAACUGAGGAGGUUCAAGACUUUGUUGACACUCUGGAGCAGAACCACAACAACCAGGUCCUGAUCCGACUGAGAGGAAUGCAGAAAUAUAAAAGUACAUCACAGAGGCUGAAGGCAGCCCUGGAGCAGAUGGACCACGGUGUCGUGGACCUGCAGGAGCUCCGCAGGAACCUGGAGCUGGCCGCUGCCAUGCUGGACUCUGUUUACACGGAUGAGACCAGGCGCCUGUUGGACACGGAGGAUGAGCUCAGUGACCUGCAGGCAGAGUCGGUGCCCAGCGAGGUUCGUGACUGGCUGGCGUGUACUUUCAGCAGGAAGAUGGGCGUGGCUAAACGUCGUCCUGAAGAGAAGCCAAGAUUCAGGAGCAUUGUUCAUGCAGUGCAAGCUGGAAUCUUUGUGGAAAGGAUGUACAGACGGACUUCCAACAUGGCUGGCCUGACCUACCCUCCCACAGCUUUGACAGCUCUGAAGGAAGUGGAUCAGUGGUCCUUUGAUGUUUUUUCCUUCCACGGGGCCACUGGAGAACACGCCCUCAAGUUCUUGGUCUAUGACCUGCUGACCCGCUAUGACCUCAUCAACAGGUUCAGGAUCCCUGUGCAGGCUCUGGUGCCGUUUGUUGAGGCUCUGGAGAACGGCUACAGCAAACACAGGAACCCCUACCACAACCUGAUCCACGCCGCCGACGUCACCCAGACUGCCCACUUCCUGAUGCUACACACUGGACUGAUGCAUUGGCUCAGCGAGCUGGAGAUCCUCGCCAUGGUUUUUGCUGCAGCGAUCCAUGACUUCGAACACACAGGAACCACAAACAACUUCCACAUCCACACCAGGUCUGAGGUGGCCAUUCUGUACAACGACAGGUCAGUGCUGGAAAACCAUCAUGUCAGCGCUGCAUACAAGCUGAUGGCCGAGGAGGACAUGAACAUCCUGAUCAACUUAAACAAAGAAGACUGGAGGGAACUGAGGGCCCUGGUGAUAGAGAUGGUGAUGUCCACAGACAUGUCCUGUCACUUUCAGCAGAUCAAGACCAUGAGGAACGCCCUGACACAAACAAACGGGAUAGACAAAGUGAAGGUUUUAUCUCUGAUGCUUCACGCAGCAGACAUCAGUCAUCCCGCCAAAGCCUGGCCGCUGCACUACCACUGGACUCACAGCCUGAUGGAAGAGUUCUUCAGACAGGGAGAUAAAGAGGUGGAACUCGGUCUUCCUUUUUCUCCCCUUUGUGACCGCAAAGCCACCAUGAUCGCACAGUCACAGAUAGGUUUCAUAGACUUCAUUGUGGAGCCCACUUUCACUGUCCUGAUUGACACAACAGAGAAGGUGAUUGGACCUCUGAUAGACGAAGACAGAAAGGCCAGAGAGACUGGAAACAGAAGGUCCAGCCUAACAGGAAGUGGCUCAGUCACUGUGGAGUCAGUGCAGAGACACAGCAGCAAUCGUCAUGGCAACAGCGACGAUGGACAUAUUAACUUUUCUUUGACUGCCAUUGACCUGUCAGCUCUGAGGCAACACCUCUCCAGUGUCAUCGCCAGCAACAAGGACCGAUGGAAAGAAUUGUCUGUGCACGAGCUGGCCAAGAAGGAGAAAGAAGAGACUGAGGCAAAAAAAGAAGUUGAAGACAUUAACACAGAUGUCCAUUCACAAGCCUUACCCAGCCAAGGAGUCACAGGUGGACCCAACCCAGAUCCAUCACAGAACUUAGACGAUUGCCCUCCAACUGAAAAGGAUGAUGACAAAUCAUCUGACCACAUGUCUUCAGAUCCCCUGACCUGGAACGGGGCAGAGGAGGAAGAGGAGGAUGACAAAGUGCCUGAAAACGCCUGAUGAUGUAACACUGCAAAGUCUAUUUAUCUGACUCUGGCAGAUCACCAUGGCAACAGGCAGCUCGGUGCAGUAACCACUAGGGUUUAGACUCUCCUGUGUAAAAACACUGCAACUGACUUAGUGGUCCCUCAGUGGCCCCCAUAGGGCCUCCAGAUUAUUUGUUUACAAGUGACUGUGGAUAAAUCAUAUUCAGAGUGACAUUUUUCAUCAGAUCAUGGCUUCUUAGCAGCUUUCUGGUCCAUUUUCUUUCAGACCGAGAUGAAAGGUGUGUGGAAAACCAAAGAGUGUGUAAUGGUUGGAGAAUUCCCAUUUAUGAUAACAGCUGGCAAAAAGUCUUUAAUCAGGAGGAAUGUAACAUGAAGCUGUUAAGAUGCAGCAGUGGAGGUUUUAUGAAUGCAGGUGACAAUAUUAUUUGUGUAGUUUAAUAGACACCUUCAGUUCUCCAUCAUCAGUAUGAGGAGUCACUGCUGCUCUGCUCUCUUCUCCAACUUCAAGUUCUCAGGUAUGUUGUCCUCACCUAGCCACACCUCAACAUCUGUGAUGUCAGAGCUGACAAACUUAACUUGAUCAAACCUUUGGGGUGUGGGAGUAAUUUCUUGGUGUUGAGAUGUUUGUUGAAUCAAACUAAAUAAAGUCGCUGUAAGUAUAAUGUAAACAAACUUAAAAAUACUUUAAAUUGCUUUGUUUUGUUGUUGAGGGCCCCAUCUGCUGACAUUUGCCUCCAUUUUACCUGUUUACCAGGGUUUCUUUAAAUCUUCUGUUUCAAUACUGCUCUAAAGGCUCUAAUUUCAGCUUUGCUGCUAAUUACAUUUUUGUUUGUUUGUUUGUUCUUGCUCUCUGCAUGUUCAUGUCAGCUGCUGUAUAUUUUUAAAUUUUUGAGUUACAUCCAACUAAGUGGUAAAACUUUACCUCUUUGUAUAAAAUGAGCAAAUAGUAGCGAACGUUUAUUUUCCUGUGUUGUUUGAAAGGUAUUCCUAACCUACAAACCAUUGUUCUAGUGCUUUCUAAGACAGAAUCAUUGAGUAAACCCAAUCUUAAAGAUAGAUGCUAAAAUAAACAGUUAAACUAUGGCUAACUAAUCCUGACAGCUAACAAACUGAUCAGACAUAUUCCUUUUUGGUGCUAGUGAAGCUUGUGAUACAGUUUACAGCACUGAAAGUUCAUGGCUAAUAGUUUCUUUUCAAUUAUGUCACUGGAUAAUACCAUAAUGAAGCGCAAACAAAACAGAAAUUGCUAACCUGCAAAGGAAAUAAUCUAGAAUUACAAGAUAGGUCAUUUUCUUAACAAAAGCUGAAAUUCUUGGGCUAGACCAAUAUCAAAUGCCAAAGAGCAAACGUAAGCCCCUUUUCCAUUUAUAUCUACUCUACUCUACUCGACUCGGGUUGGGUUGGCUCUGCCCGUUUUGGUUCAUUUUCCAUUAUAAUUGAGUACCAUCUCAAUGUGGAUAGGAUCAUCAAUAGCAAGGCAGCCCCACAAUCCAAAAAAGUAAUGUGAUGUGAUUUGUAGUGACACAAACACAAUAACAAUGGAGAAUCUGCUGCUCAUUCUAUGGCUGGUGUCAGACUCUGACUUAAAGAUGAGAACCAGAAAAGACAGAAAGACGAAGCAAUUUGGUUAUGUACAGGAGAGAGUGGGAAGCCAUGGAGUGGUAUCAAACUGAAGGGUACAAGCUAGAGGAUGUGUUGGGGUAAGCUAACGCUAACUAAUGCUAGCUUGCUAUAGUGGUCUUAUACAAAAUUAGCCCAGUGUACACUUUUUAACAGCUGAUGAUAUUAGUUAGUGAAAUAACCUGUUACUAGUGACGCUGCCCCCUACCUAAUCAGUGAUCAGCCUUUUGAUGUAGCUUUUUCAGCACGACUUGGUUACCAUCUUUGGUACCGCAAGCAUGCAGGUACCAAAAAUAGUAAUAGUUCCACAUAACAGUUCUAAUGGAAAAGCCUCAAAAGCGAGUAGAGCCAUGCAUUAAUUAAAGUUGUGACUGCUUACCUAACAUUUCAAGCAAUGAUAUGAUGAAGUACUUUGUAUUGCCUCUUCAUUCAGUCUUCACAGAUGAGCAACUUCAAGGGAGGAUGUCGCUAUCAAUAUUUCUUCACCUCCAAUACUGAUUCAAGUCAUUCAAAGAUAUUAAAUGUCCAAAAUGUUACUAAAAUCACUGCCACAUGCCUGAAAGAUAACACAUUACAUUUCACCUGUAUCAGAUGAUCUACAUUAGUAUUGUGAUUGAAUCCCACUGAACCCACUUAACAUUCAUGUUCCAGACACUACAGUACUCAUUUGUCUUGGCAGUGACAGAUAUUUAGUUGCUAAAGUGCUAGGCUAAUGAUAGCAAGCUCAGUUUUGAUAUAACCUGCUGAUAAUUAGGUACAUAACAUAUUUCAAUAUGGUUCCAGUUAAUUGUGUGGGGUUAAAAUAUUCAUAAAGUUAGUGCUUUGCCUUGUCCUGAAAUUUAAUAAGUGGUUUUUCAGCUAGUCUCUGCAUAGCCUUUGUUUAGACAGACAUCGGUGCGGGGACUACAACACAGAACAGGUAUACCUUCAAUCUAAUACUUAGGAUAGAAUCGGGAUAUCCCCAGAUUAGAGAAUAUAAAAGUCCUAAAGCUGACAUCUAUUUCACAUCUAAUUGAGUAGGACAUGCAUCAGUGGCCUGGUCAUGGAAGAUGAAGCUGGUAUUACCAGCAUGAUAAGGUUAUUGUUUUUAAUGAACUAUGUUUUACAGAUGCAGAUUGAAUAUGCACAACUGUUAGGAAGCCUACACUUAAGCAGCUGAUACUCCUGAGGGCCUCUCUCACUGCAGGGACAAUACUGUCACUAUAGCAAUGUCUAAUUUUCAUACUACUGUGUGGCCUCGAACAUGGAGGACAGGAAGUUUCUCUGCCUCAAACAAAAACACACGUAUUGAAUGUUCAUGCAGCAGUUUGUCGUGCUUAAACUGAUGUAAAUGAGUUGGGUUUUUAUAGAACUUUCAACAACAGUGCUGUUUCAGAUGGCAUCUGAUUUAUUUUAUGUUUCAUGUCCUAAGAUGUGUGAUUUAUUUGUGCUUUUCUUCACACAUGGUCCUGCUUUCACUUUACAUCUGCUUCCCUGCAAUCAUUCUCUCCCUCAUUAUCUAGAAUACAGUGGGUUACUCUGUCCCUGUUCCCAACUAUGUUCUUUUGUAAAUAGUGUUUCAUUCGGGAGUCCUUUUAAGUUUUUAUUUAUGGGCUUUCUGCCUCUGUCUGUGUUUCAGUCCAAUAAAAACUUCUAAGUCAUUGAA